CCUCCCAGCAGUUUAUAGUGUAUUUGGCGAAUCCCCUUUACUUUUUUGUUUACUAUUCAAUUAAGUCCUCUUUUUGCUAUGUGUUACGUUAUGUUAAUUUGACUCAGACGCGCCAUAUUAUCAUAAGGAGCUCUGGAAUAAAUGUUCGCUCCAUGUCAAUAGGGACGAUAUUUGUUUGCAUUGUGUCAUCCAAAAUGGCAGGAAAGACGAAUAAUUUGCAUUUAGACAUUAGCUGAUGUGAAAUAAUGAUAUUAAGUGCGUCUAGAAGAGUGUCGUGUGGGUGGACUGUGAAUUAACGCGGGAAUGUGGACAUAGAAGUGUGAGAUGGGGUCCCAGACUUUGGAAAUUCUGCGUCAGGGUGUUUGGGCAUCUCUGACAGGCGGCUGGUUUUACGAUCCGCACCAGAAUUUGUUUUGCAACACUGUGCACCUGUACGUGUGGCUGUUCCUGCUAUGCCUUCCGUUCUCUAUUUACCUGUACUUCCCGCCAGCCAGCCUCGGCUGGAUCAUCUACUGCACGCUGGUGGCGCUGCUGUUCCUGGGCCUGAAGCUGCUCAACCACGGCCUCCACCACAUGUAUGACACCAGCGAGUGUAUAGUGCUCCCGCCGAGCACCGAUGGCACUUCUAAUGACAACACUGCUCGCGAUGAAGGCAUGGAGAUGCAGAUGCUCCGUCCGGCGGCCGCCAGCAGCGACAACGAGUCGAUGGCGGGUGCCGACUACAACAAACCCAACAACAGCACCAUAGAUUUGAAAGUGGACGUGCACAGAAAGAACAGCUCGGAGUCAAGCAACGAGGACAGCACGCUCUCCGUGAAACUGUCGGACGUGGCGGCCGCGGGGCCCGAGCAGCCGCCGCCGGAGCCCGGGCCCUCCGGCGCCAAACGACCGCAGCCGAGGCGGAAGCCCAAACGCGACCCCCGAGGCAAACGUCGCGCCAAUCGCAUUGACGAGCUGAUCGUAGAAGAAGUGUACCGCUCGGGACGCGACGCCUCUCUGCCCCACGACGACGGGCCCUUUGCCAAAGUCUCUCGCCGCUACCACGAGUGUUCCCACCGCCGCGGCUCCAACCGAGACUUCUUCAAAGAGUGGUUGUAUCUAGACGGCAAUGAGGCCGUCGGAGAGCCUUACCAAUCCAAGUUCGCCCGCCAGCUCAGCUCCGACUCCCGGGACAACUCCGAACCCAGCGUCGGACCACCUUCCCCCAAGAAAAGAUCACAUAGAAGAAGAUAUACUAACUAUCCAGAAGAAAACUGCACCAAAUCCGCUAUAGCACUCACCACUCAAGAACUAAACAGGAACAUGAGAUGUAAAUCCAACUCGACCAUGUCAACCAUUCAGCUACCCUUACUCAAUUCAACCGCUCAACUAGUCUCACAUAUGCGGAGACACUCAAAUAACACAGACACAGGAUUCUUCGCUAGUGUAGAGCUCGGGGAAUACAUGAUGGUCAAAGCCGAAGCCCCGACCGGCGAAACCGAUAAAAAUAAAGGCAAAAGCCCAGGAGUUAGAAGAAUUAAAAGUGCCGCGUUAGAGAUAGGAUGCCCUCCGCCCAGUGUAUCGAAUUUAUCCCCCCACCCCAAUAGCGUAGAAACCAUAGGUGGACAAGUGUUAAAAAACCCGAAAAAUGCUGUCAUACCCCCGCCGAGCAAAUGCUUGACUAGAGGACCGCAUUUCAAUCUGUUCCCCCGAAGCGAACCGGACGAAGGCAGAGGCAGCUACCCCUACCUAACGUACGGCUCAGAAAUAGUUUAUCCCAUAGCCGAAAUAUCUGACGAAAUGCAGACAUCACAGAAAGAGACUGAUUUAGAUUCGAGUGGUGAAAGUUACAGUGAUUACGAAGAUGAUAAACAAUUCCGUGGUUUCGACUGGGACGCGGAACAAUCCCCAGUAGUCAGAUCCAGUGAUUCCGAUUAUGAGAACAACGGUUCCAGGUCUCCUUUGCUAGACAGAGCGACAGAUGUUCGCGUCGUUCGAGCGAAGAGCCAAGACUGCAAGAAGCACUGCUGCGAACGACACUCGAAGCAGAAUCCGGAGUGCGCUCAUAGCAAAUCUAAACCUGUAAGACUGAAGAAGCUUAUGAAACAAGACGAAGCCAAGUGCGUCGAUCGACCGAGUGGUUCGUGUGAGUGUAAAUAUCCCGCUGACUAUUUCGAUAAAGCCAGUGCUAGUUCUAAAGACUUACUAAUAGAGAAGUCGAGUUUAGAAUCCAAUGAGAAUGUGGAAAAGAAAGAUGAGAAGCCAGUUGAGAAGAAAUUGUGGGACCAUGAUAUUUCUAACUCUAGCAGUAGUAGUGAAGCCAAUUUUGAUAGGCCGCAAAAAACGAAAGAUGAUGAAAAAAUCUUCCAAGAGACUGAAGAAUCACAGGUGACUGAUAGUAAAAGUGCGGAUGAGAAGAGUGUCUAUAGCAUAGAUUGGUUGUUUGAAGAAUCGGCUAAAGAAGAGUCCCCACCCUGCUGUCCCGUGGUUUGCCACGAAAAUUGUGCUAGAGAAGAAAUUAUAUGCCAAAAACUUGCCAACGCUUUAGGCGAAUCCUCGUUCAAUGUCCCAAAGAAUUUGGGAGCUAUUCCGAAACAGAUUAAAAACUUGGCGCGUUCGAGAGCUUCGUCGCAGAAGGAGAAUAAGAAAAAAGACUCCAAGAAAGAGGAUGAGACUGAAGAUAGAACACUUAUGGAUGCUGUGGAGGCCCAGGCUGCUCUGGUGCAGGGCUUGGAGUGCCUAUUUGCUGCUACGAACGCCAAUACAGUAGUCAUGCCGCCGCCAAAUAGGGAAGAACGACCGAGAAGUCACAGACAAAGUAUUAGAGACAGGGAAAACUCACAUAAAACCAGGAAAAGAUCAAUAGAGGAAGUCGCACAAACAUCCACAAACACACUACUUCCUACUUCCAUGCCUUUAUUAGCCGCUUUUCUAAACUCCAGAGUAGAUUUAAUGCCCUGCUGCUUACCGGAAAAUGCGCCUCCGGAGCUAGUCCAAUACGCCGAAGAAGGCCAGAGACUUAGACCUCUAAUGGACAGAAACCACCGAAAUAGAGUGAGAAAAAUAAAACGAUCGACCAGACAAAGAAACAAUCCGUCCAAUCAGAAUAAUUCUGAUAAAAAAGACAAAACCCCUAACCCGGAAAAUCCUAACACCUCCAACAGUGUUCACUUCGCGACGUCUUUCGACGACACGACAGACGGAGCGAUACAUUGUUUCAUGGAUGAAUAUGGCAAUUGGAUGUCGUACACAUUUGAUAAGAAUAGCUCAGGGAGGGCCCAAGCUCAACCCAUUCCUCUCCCGGACAAGGAAGAUGUCAGGUGUAAUAGAGUAAAGCCAAUAGAAGCCCCAGACUCACAAGAAACUGGCGAAGGCAGCUGCGGGUCUUUAGAAUCAGAAGCGGGGAACAGCGAAAGUAUAGCGAAACCUAAAAGGGAAAACAGUAUAGAUCAAAGCUCUUCCAACCAGGGUAGUAAUAACCCAUUACUGUCUAGCAACAACAAUGUUUCCACUGUUGUUCCGAUCAAUACUAACAACGCGAAUAAAAGGUUUUACGUUUUCGACGGUGGGACCGGGUCUCGCACUGACCAACCACGAUCGCCUGUGGCGUACGCCACUGAUAGCUUAUUAGAACAAAUUGAGGCUGAAAGACAGUCGAGAAUGGGCUUCCCGAGCAUGCACAUAAACUUCUUAAUGAGCCAGCAAAGGGCACAGAGAGAAGCGGCACAACAGUCCGUUGAAACUGUCUCAAAUAAUAUACCAAGUCUGAUGCCUUCGUCUAUAGGCGAGGCGAGUCUAGAAAUCAAUAUUAGGAGUAAAUUAUCAAAGUUCAUGGACGAAAUAGAGAAAGCCAACCAACCGAAACCAAAGAGUUACUACAAGUUUAACCUAUGGAAGUGUUUUGAAGUGAAAGUUACAAUGGACAGGUUGAAAUUGAUGGCGUUAUUUGACAGAAACUUAACGUUCAAAGAGACUUUCAUUUCGAUCUUACUAGCGAUCUCAGUGGCUGUUCUAGGCUCAAUGGUGUUAAAUCUAGGAUUCUACAGGGAUAUAUACGCGUUCUGGUUUUGUUUUAUAAUGGCUGGUAGCCAGUAUUCUUUACUCAAAAGUGUUCAGCCGGAUUCAGCAUCACCCGUUCACGGUUUCAACAAAAUGGUUGUGUUUUCCCGGCCGGUGUACUUCUGUUUAUGUACGGCUAUACUGUGUCUAGUCCAUGGGCAGUUACAGCAGAUGCCUGAAGAACAUUCUAGAAGCAAACGAAGCUUAGAUGACAAGCCUUUGACGAUAUACGGCUUCGAAAUGAACCAGCGAGAUUUUUUACUGGUCAUCCAGGAAGUGCUAUCAAAAUUUCUCCUCUUCUUCCCGUUGGCGUUCAGUUUAGGCUUAUUUCCACAAGUGAAUACAUUUCUUAUGUAUCUUCUAGAACAAAUCGACAUGCAUAUAUUCGGUGGUAAUGCUACUAGUAGUUUAAGCGCUGCGGUAUACUGUGUAGUGAGAUCUUUAGCCGCUAUAGGAGUUUUAUACGGUUUCGCGUACAGUGGACUGGUUGAAGGAAAGAAAUCGCAGCAUCAGAAGCACAAUAUACUCUUCUCCAUCUUCUGCGCCUUACUAGUACCUAUAGCGUAUCACUUAAGUAGAAGCGCGAGUGAUUAUACAUUAAUAUGGAAUUUAAUAAAAAAACAUCUACUGCCACCGGAGUUAUACGUGGUUCAGACGCCGCCAGAAGUAACACCAGAAGCAGAGAAAGCGGAAAACACAUUAACCGAUGAUAAGAAGAACAAUUCAGAGAGCAAUAUUUCUAAACAGAACUCAAUAGGGUCAUCUGCGUCUAAGAUCAACUUUAGCUCUGAGACUAACAUAGCUAAAACGCAAAAGCGCUCUCAGACUUCAAGCGUAAGCUCUCUAAAGAUAGAUCCUAGAGGGGAUACUUUGUCUACCUCAUCUUUGAAGGAACCGAAUGAGACGGAAGAUAAAAGUCAGGCUAAGGAGGCAGAUAAGCCGGUGGAUGAUGAUAUGGAGGAUCCUCUGCCUAAGAAGUUGCAAGCGACGGUGAACGCGCGCUAAAACGAUGUGAUUGUGUGCACGUUUCUGACUUUGUUCGUGUUUGGACUGCAUUGCACUACGGUGUUUACGUCACUCACUAAACUGCAAUUGAACAAGGUGGUCUGGAUAAUCUGCGCUGUGGGCUGGGUACUUCACUACAUAGUCCCGCAACUGCGCAAGCAGCAACCUUGGCUCUGCCUAGCCGGGCCAGUGUUAAGGCCGCACGAACACGCGCAGUUCGAGGUCACUGAACCGGCCAAACUUAUGUACUUCGAGAAGAUAUUCGUGUACCUAUGUUUUCUCGAGCGCAACGUUUUAUACCCAGGAGUAGUAGUGGCCGCUACAACCCAAGAUGCUCCUCUGAUCGCGGCGAAGUACGGAGAUGCACUGGCUGCCUUGUUUGUGUGCGUAGCCGCGCUCAAAUGCCUCCGCAACGCGUACUCUGAACCAGAGACUCAAUACCUAAUACUGGUGUUCGCUUACCUGCUGUUUCAAUGGGAUCUGAACAGCCAGAACAUUUCUGAACAAUUUCUCAUUGAUUACUUCGUCACAGCCAUUAUAUUCAGCAAAGUGUACGAGUUUCUGUUGAAGAUCCAGUUUGUAGUGACAUACAUCGCUCCCUGGCAAAUAACUUGGGGCAGUGCCUUCCACGCGUUCGCUCAGCCAUUCAGCGUGCCACAUUCAGCCAUGUUGUUUCUGCAGUGCGCUGUCUCGGCGUUACUGUCGUCCCCUCUCACUCCCGCUUUAGGCAGCGCCAUUUUCAUGACGUCAUACGUCCGACCCGUCAAGUUUUGGGAGCGCGACUACAACACCAAGCGAGUGGACCAGAGCAACACUAGGCUGUCCUCUCAGUUGGAACGGAAUCUGGGGGCUGAUGACAACAAUCUAAACUCGAUAUUCUACGAGCAUCUAACUCGAUCGCUGCAACACUACCUGUGCGGGGAUCUCAUGCUCGGCAGGUGGGGGCAGGUCCAACAAGGAGACUGUUUUGUGCUCGCCUCGGACUACUUAAACUGUCUAGUCCAUAUAGUGGAGAUGGGCAAUGGACUAGUCUCCUUUCAACUGCGAGGGUUAGAAUUCAGGGGGACUUAUUGCCAGCAACGCGAAGUCGAGGCUAUUUCGGAAGGCCCAGAGGAGAGUGGUGAAGGCGUGUGCGGCGUGUGGGCCUGCGGGCUCGGCGGAGCUCGCUUCCUCGCGCCCGGCGCCGCCUGGGCGCUGCGCUGGCUCGCCUGGCAACUGGCCGCCGCUCGCUAUGUGCUGGAAGGGUAUAGCGUGGCUGACAACAGUGCUGUGUCCAUGCUGCAGCUGUUCGAUUUUAGGAAGGUGCUGCUAACUUAUUACGUCAAGAGCAUAAUCUACUACACCAUGCAAUCCGCUAAGUUGGAAGAGUGGUUAUCAUCACCGACACUGACAGAAGCUCUGAAACCCAUGGCAGAGCGCUCAUUCGUGGAUCUCGACCCGAUCUUUAAUGUGAACUUGGACGAAGAUUACGAUUUCAGAGCAUCAGGGAUCACAAGGUCGCGUUUCUGCGCCGUGUACCAGGAGUGGAUCGUGCACUGCGGCUCGCGCCGCGGGGCCGGCUGGCGGCGCCGCGCGGCCGCGAGGGACUCGCCGCUGGUGACGCUCUGCUUCGCGCUCAGCGUCGUCGGCCGACGCGCUUUGGCACAUGCGCAACAUCUAUCUGCCUCUAGCGUGGAAUUCUUCCUGUACGGCCUCCACUCGCUGUUCAAGGGCGAUUUCCGCAUAACCUGCGCGAGAGACGAGUGGGUCUUCACCGAUAUGACGCUGCUGCACUCCGUCUUAGCCCCCGCUAUAAGGAUGGCUUUGAAGCUGCAUCAGGACCACUUCAUGUUCCCCGAAGAGUAUUGCAGCAGUUCGGCCCUCUUCUCCGCCAUCGCCUGUCACUCGGCCCGACUCGUCAUCUGCCACGAGGCCGCCCCGGCUUGGAGACACAACGUGCUACGCGGAGCCCCACAUCUACUAGCCCUCAGACACGUAAUGGACGAAGGCAAUGACGACUACAAGAUAAUAAUGCUAAACAAGCGCCAUCUAGGUUUCCGAGUGAUCAAACUGAACCGCGAGUGCGUCCGCGGGCUCUGGGCCGGCCAGCAACAAGAACUGGUCUAUCUAAGGAACCGGAACCCGGAACGCGGGUCUAUACAGAACGCUAAACAGGCCCUACGCAACAUAAUAAACUCGUCGUGCGACCAGCCCAUCGGUUACCCGAUCUACGUCUCACCCUUGACCACAUCGUACGCGGAUACGUCACCACCGCUCUGCUCAUUACUUGGCGGACCUGUCACUGUUAGAGCUAUUAGAACUAGAGUAGCAGCAUUGUGUAAAAGGAUCCGUCGCCGCUGUGGCGAAGGCUGCUCCAGCGGCGGGGUGGACGCGGCCGCAGCCGAGGCGGGGGCCGCUCGCGCCGUCAGCACUCCCCGACACAACACGCUGCACUUGUCCCGCAGCUCGCUAGCGGGCACGCGCGGCAGUCUAGCCAGCGCGGGUAAACCGGGCGCCACGCUGGCGUCUCUAGCCGGCUUGCUAAGAGAACACUCACACGAACGGACGCAAGAAGAAACCGCGAACGCGUAUGGACCACCCACACAGGACACGACAGAUAACCGGCGGCGGAGCGAGGAGCGCGCUCCGGGGACCGCGCGGCGGGAGCGCAACAUGAGAGCGAGAAGCCACGGCAAGGAGCCUGCCAGACAGGGCGGCAACAGCCGGCGCCCGCGGCGCGAGCGGCCGCGGCCCGCGUCGUUCCGGCUCGACGCGCGCGACGACGCCAAGCCCGACGAGCCGCAGGGCUCCACCGGCAGUGGCUGGGAAGGCGCUUGGCGAGACCAGCCGAGGCGCUCCGCUAGUUCUAAAACGGCCGCCCCGCGGCGUUCAGAAGAGUCCUCCCUAGAAGAAUUAGCCCCACACGGUCUAUCCGACGUGUCACUACCUGACUGCAAGAUACUCGCCAACAGACACGCCAGGCAAGACAGAGACUUACAAAGAUACUUCCUAAACGAGGGCACGUCGAAGGACCUCUCCAAACUCAGCAAAGAGAUCCGUCACGAGCGAGAAAGCUACCGCGAACUCACUGGCCGCUACAUAGAGAAACCCGAAGCGAUCCCGCUCAAAGAAACUCACUACUCCGACCUGUCCAACAAGGAGAGUAUCCUUAAAAAAGAAGGGAAGAAAGAUUCUAAAAAUAAGGAUAUAAAAACUAAGAUUAAAAGGUCGGAUUCGGGCAGAAGUGAGUUGAAGAUGAAUGUGAGCGUGGGGAGUAAAGUGUUGAUAAUUGAGCCGCUCGGGGUGUACGAUUGUAUUAAUCUGGGGAGGAGGAUCGAUGUGCAGUGGCCUUCUGAGGCACAGAGGGAGCGGGGGGGAAGGAAUUUCUGGGGGAGCUGGGUGCCUAUGCCGGGAUGGAUGGAUUGGUGGUGCACAAAUGGACCCCGAACCACCGGGACCCUAAACUGCGCUCGCACGUAGACAAGAGUAUCCUACUCAUACAGAUUGAAGACAAGUUCGUGCCUAUCGCAGAAAACUGCGUUCAAGACCUCGGCGACGAAGUUUGAGAGACAGACAUUAAUACGUGGAUAUAGGUUGAAAUUACGGGACUUGAAAGUUCUUCUUACAAUGUUGAAUAUUGAAAUGUGUUAACAUUAUUAUCCCACGUCACAGUACAACAGUGUAUCGAUCCUAUAUGAGUGAUGUUGCGACAACGAGUGAAGCGAGCACUAGUGUGUUUACAGCACUUAUGGUCUACAGGUUAUAAUAAUAGUUUCGUUUGACUUAUUCUGAUGCGCUUAGCUUGAUACGAGUCAUAUUAUAUGACUACUGAAAAAGCGUGAAAAUCCGUUAAUGAAAUAAUUUGUACAAGAAAAGAGCGUAAUACUCUUUAAAGCCGGAAAUGAACUUCCAACUUCUCUGGUGUUGCAAAUGCCCAUGGGCGGCGGUAAUCGCUUACUAUCAGGCAAUUCGUCUGCUUGUUUUCCUCCUACAACCUAAAACCUGUACUAAUUUUCUCAGCCGAAACUUGCAACACUGAAAAUUCAGAUAUAGUGCGAAAUGAUUAUUCUCCCUUAUUUAAUUUUUACGGAAGCGCACGAACGUGUCACGCUAUUUCAGUUUCAGUCAGUCUUAG